UUCUGCACGGACCACGCGACUGGACAAGGGUCUUUCCACGCGAGGCUGUCGCAACCUUCCGACCUUCUCAUCACAUCCACGACGACAACGACGACGCCCGAUCGCAACACAUCGUCCUUUCCUAUUUGCAACUUUUCGGCUUGGGACUAUGCGACAGGCGGCUCCCUCCUUUGCCUGACCUCUAGUCUCCCUCCUUUGCAAACUCCUCGACCGACAAACGAUACUUCCUCCGCUGCGCGUUUCCACGUCCGACACCCUUGCCGAUCAGCUUCGCCAGUCGCUUCGAAUCUCCGUCCUCCUCACGAAAUAACAUGUCUUGAGGCCCGGAUUAGGUCCGAGGAGACAGAAAAAAUGGUCAACAGCCAGGGGACCGUCCAGAACGGUCCACCCAAUGGCGGCUAUAUGCAGCCGCAAGCUGCAGAACAACGUCCGAUGGCGCGACCGUUUACGCUGUCUGAGGCCCUGCCUUACUCUCCUCAAACCUCCGUCAUUCCCUUUACCUCAGAUCUCAUCCCCGAUCCAACACUUGGCUCUGGCUCGCUUGCUUCGAGCAUAUCGCAAAUGUUCAGCAGUCAGGAAUUCGACAGUCUAAACAAGGAAGCAACGGGGCAAAAUCACAACCAUGGGAUGAAGCACCUGAAAUAUGCGGUGGAUCAUGUACUUCACGAUUUGAAACCCAAUCAACGGACCUACUUCAAGUUCAAGACUGUCCCUAAAGCGAACCCGAACAUGGCGAAUAGUCCAGCUGGAUCUUCCCAGAGUCUGAGUGCUGGUCUCUCCCCGGUGGCGAAGAUGGUGUUCGAUAGGGCUCCCACAUUCAUCAAGCCUCCGGGAACAACGAGUACUACCUCAGCCUCUGCCAACGGCCAGCUUGCUCAACAGCCGCAGCCGCAACCUCCAUCAACACCCAAAUCAGCCCCACCGCCGCCGAAGCGUCCGUCGGCAAGUGCAGAAAGCCAUCAUGGAAACAACUUCCGCUUCGAAGUAGCGAUCCCAUCCAAAAAAUUCGACCCUAGCGCAUAUGUAGAGGUCCCCGAUCAACCCGCUCCACAGCCUGCUACCGUCAACCCAUCCGACGUCACGAGAGUUGUCACUCCGAGCCAGGCUACUCCGAAGCAGCUGACGCCUACUCAACCUCAGCUCUCGGCGAUACCGGUCCCUAUACAGGCUGUCCCCGUGCAAGCGACCCCUACGCAGCCUUUGACGCCCUCCACUGCACAAGGGCCACCGGCCGCGGUUGAAGCUCAGAAGACGAAGUUUGCAAUAGAAUUGCCUCGCGCUCCUGAAUUCAAUAAGGAUGAAUAUCUUGAGAUGGCCGCUCCAGACUCUCCUGAUGAGCCAACGGGGUUGUCCAUGCGAAGACAGGACGGUGCUUAUCAAAGCCGGCAGGAUGAUAUCAGCACCAACCUCAACCAGAAGCAACGGGCGGAAGCAGCCCUCCAGGAUCUUGAGCGACUAAUCAAGAGCGUACUCGAUGCCACUAGAAGUGUGCUCGGAAACGAACCUGGCUACGAACAGGUCGCUACGCUGAACCCCGACAACGAGGCUGUCUUGACGGGGGCCACGCAGCAGAAGUUGCAGACUGCCAUCCAAAAGUCCAUCGAGCUAGGCAGCUACGGCGACGCGCCCAUCGAAGAACUUCAGUACAUUCAGAAGCUGAGCGAGCCGGGUCUGGCGCAUACGCUCAAUCUCGAUUAUCGAAUUGAGGAAUCUUGGGGUGAAUCUGAAGUCUCCGGCUGGCUGAAUCAGCUUCCAGAGAUUGAGAUGGGCCUGAAGACUGCGCGCACUUGUCUACGCAUAAUGUGUGGUGGUAGGGAAGAGAAGCAAAUCUACUCCGAGGAGAUUAUUCAAAAGUCGACAGAUGUCUUCAAGGGGGUUGUCGAGGGUAUCGUCAUCCCCGUAGUCGAGAUGAGGGGCACUGGCCCGACAUCUGCACUAUUCAAGCUGUUACAGCCUCACAAAAAGGCGAUUGGCCCGAUUCUCACGAACUGCCAGAAGCUGUUCGCGCUGCUCGCCAAACUCGUCACAAGCAUAGAGCUUUCAGAUACUGCUCUUGGCAUGCUAGAAUUUGCCGCAUCGAGCCUACUUUUCGUCGACAAUGCCUACCUAGAGAAAGAUUCUGUCGUUGGUGUACAGCGAUUCGAUGGCAUUCGCUUGGUUGCAAUGGAGAUGCUUUGCCAGAUUUUUCUCGCCAAGCCCGACCAGCGCCGUGGCAUCUUUGACGACAUCCUCACAUCGUUGGAGAAGCUUCCGGUUGGAAAACAGAGUGCUCGCCAAUUUCGCCUCUCCAAUGGCGGUAGCAUCCAGCCCGUAUCGGCCCUCAUCAUGCGCCUUGUCCAGGCCAGCUCUGGCAAGGUUGAUGAGAAGGGCACGCGCAGUCGCCUAGCCAUGAUGCAAGAAGAAGAUCCGGAUGAGGAUGAGUUGGCCCAGCCUACGAAGCAGACGGUGGCUGCCACUGUCAAGUCUGAGGAUGCAGGUGCUUCACAGCAUGUGCUCGCCUUGGAGGAGCUCAAGGUUGUGGCAUUACCUUUGACUGAAGGCUCGACACACAACGCAAAUUACGUGGUUAACUUUAUGGUCAACCGUGCGCUGAAGUCCACAAAGUCUGGCGACACUCCAUAUCGCAAUCUUCUUGACCUUUUCGUUGAAGACUUUACGGAAUGUCUCGACUCACCUGAUUGGCCGUCUGCUGAGCUUAUUCUACGCCAAAUGACCUUCUACAUGAUGAAGCUCUGGGAGGGAGACAGGACAGCCGCGCCUGCCAAGAAUAUGGCCCUUGAACUUCUCGGUGUCAUGAGUGCUGCAGUCUCUAAACUCCGCUCACAUGUUCGUAAGGUCACUUAUUCCAUGGAUGGAAGCGAUUCCAACGAGUUGUCGCGGUACCUGUCUGAGCUGGCAACCUCUGCGCUGGAGCAGAAAAGUCGAAUCGAACAUGAUGUCUCUUGGUCAGGACCAUUUCGAACAACUCUUGAACACCUUCAGCAACGGUGUGGCGAUGACCCUCAUUUACAAGGCGCAAUUUCCUUCCUGAUUGCAGAUUGGGCCCAAAGGAUCUUCUCCGGUUAUGAUGCCUUGCAAGAGACCAGCGACUCGCUGGACCACGAGUUUGGACGACUUGCCUUCCGCCUCAGAAUGAUGAUUGAGGAUCGUCGAUGGCUUUCUAACGAAUACACUUUCAAAGAUGUCAACAACAACCACGCAAAAUUGGCAUACUCCAUCAUUCUUCUCCGGUCACCAUUCUGCGAACACUUUAGAGCAAUGCUCAAUGUUCUGCUCAAUGCCAUGGCCAGUGACCAGGCCACCGUCCGCAGCAAGAGUCUCAAGAGUAUUAAUCAGCUCUUGGAGACAGAUCCGGCCAUCCUGGACGGAGACUCCGUGGUGGUCCAUUUGAUCAUCAACUGCUCAAGUGAUUCGUCCCCUCAGGUACGCGACUCGGCAAUUGGCUUGAUGGGCAAGUGCAUUGGCCUGCGUCCGAGACUUGAAGACAAGAUGGCGGAACGAAUCAUUGAGAGAUUUAUCGACUCCGGUAUCGGCGUAAGGAAGAGGGCAAUGAAACUGGCCAAAGAUAUUUAUCUUCGCAACCAAAGCAGGGAGAUACGCAGCUCUAUCGCCAAUGGCUUGCUUCAUCGUGUGCAAGACCCUGACGAAGGUGUUCGAGAGCUUGCUCGCCAGAUGAUUGAGGAGGUCUGGUUCGCUCCAUUUUACCAAGUCGACGACACAGCAGCCUUCAAAACAUCCCUCACCGACCACGUUGCUCUGAUGAUUCAGACAGUCAAGUCUGGUAAUGUUGGCGCAGUCCUCGACAAAGUUCUUCAGUCCAUUCUAGGCGGGCAGAACAAAUCUCACAGUGGCCCCUUUGGUGUCAGCAUGAAGCUGGUUGAGAAGAUGUUCGAGCUUAUCGAUAAUCUUGAUUCUGACGAUCCUAACAUCCCUUCCGGAAGAGAUGCAUUGCAAGUAUUGCAGAUCUUCGCCAAGGCAGACCCCAAGCUUUUCACUUUUGAAGAGAUCAGGCUGCUGAAGCCCCAUCUCGCUAGCAUUAGUGGUGCUGAUGAUCUAGCUGUCUUCAAAGCCGUCACAAUCAUCUAUCGCCAGAUCUUGCCGCAACUCUCUGCAAAGUAUGCUGACUUCCUUCGAGAAGUGAGAGAACAGCUUCAGAACUCUGUUGGCAGACUCAACAAGAACCUUCUGGAUGAUGUCGUCGCAUGUCUAUGGAUCAUCGCAACUCUCUUGGACAAUCGCGAUAAGCUAGCUCAUCUAGGUGCUUCUAGUUUGCGCGGGGUUGCCAGCAUGCGCAACACACAGAUGGACGCCACCAAACUCAUGAAGUUUGCCAGAUAUUCGAUCAUUGUUGGAAUGGUCGGCAAGCAUUGCGACUUGGACUCAGAGCUUGCUGUCUUCCUCAAGAUUUUCCCCAAGUACUCUGGCAAAUCCGUGGCAAAGCUCAUGGUCGACAACCUGUCUCCCUGGGCAGAUGCCUCACAGCCCAUGGAGGCCCGGAAGCACGCCCUCGACGCCAUCGGUCUCAUCUGCCAGGCACAUCCCCGAAACUACGUCUCACCGAACGUGUACACCAAGUUCCAACAAGUUUUCGAAGCCAAGGUUCCGGCACUCGAGAGUACUAUUCUCCGGUCUUUCAAGGAAUUCCUCCUCACCGAAGAAAAGCGGUCAGAGGCUGCGACUGCCGCUGCUGCCGCCGGCGCCGACACUGACAAGAAGCGCGAGCUGACAGUAAUGGGUGGAACGAGCUUCGACGAUGUGGCGAGUGCAACUACUCAACGCUUCCUCAAGGAGGUCACUCGCAUCGCUCUGUCGUCGCAAGACGAGCACGCAUUCCUCGCAGUAGAGGUACUUGGCAGCAUCAAUCGACAAGGUCUUGUGCACCCCAAAGAAACGGGAGUGACUUUGAUCACCCUCGAAACGUCAUCGAUGACCAAGAUAUCCGAGGUCGCAUUCAUGGAACAUCGGGCGCUUCAUGAGAAACACGAAACUGUCAUUGAACGCGAGUAUGCCAGAGCCAUCCAAGCAGCCUACGAAUACCAGCGGGAUAUCGUGGGUGAUACUCGUGGCGCAACGACGAACCCUUUCCAAUCCAAGCUUCAUCUCCUGAUGGAGGUGCUGAAAGUGAGUAAGUCAAAGAACCGACAAAAGUUCCUAGAGAAACUUGUGGGCCAAGUUGAUUUCGACUCUUCGAAGCUCGAUGUCUCCAAGCAACUGCCUGCGCAUGUCGAAUUCUCCCGCUUCAUGAUUGAGAAUCUUGCAUUCUUCGACUAUGUAACUGUUGGAGAGGUGCUGGUCACGGUACAUGCGAUGGAAAAGAUGUUCUCAUCAACUGGAUCCAGCAUGGCGCACGUCAUUGAGUCCGAAAUCUUCAACAUGCGCAUGGACCUCGAUAAGCCAGAGGACCCGCAAGCCAAUGGCGAGCAGCAGCAGCCGCAACAACCUCAGCUCAACAUUUCUCCUAAGAGGCUUCGGCAGCUCACUUCCGGAUCUAUCAUUCUUCUCUGUCUCUGGGAGGCAAGAACUUACCUUCGACGUCUGUACGGCUUAGGCAGCAAACGCGAGACCAAGACCAAGAUGGCAGCAAAAGAUCUCAGCAAAGCACCUACAAAAGUGCAGGGUGUCACCGGAGACAAGUUCUGGGAGGAAGUGAACUCUCAUAUGAAUGGUCUUGCAACACAGGAAUCCACCAUACAGAAAUGCAAGGCCUUCGUGGAACUAAUGAACGUCGACAAGGAGUUCAAGGUUGUCGAUGAGGACGAUAUGGACGGCGAAGAAGCCGAAACUCCUAGUGAGGGUGAAGACGAUGGCCCCACCGGUGACGGAAGAGGCCGCAAGCGCAAAGCUGGCGCACUUGCUGGUGGUCGCAAGAAACGCGCGCGCUCCACCUCUCGACCGAGACCUCGCGGACGACCUCGCAAAAAUCCGGUGGAAGUUGUCGAGGACGAUGCAGAGGGCGACUUUGACGACAUGGACUUUGCCUGA